UAAUUUGAUUUUCUUAAGUUGUAUUUUUUUUUUCACAAAUAUGAAAACUUCACAAUUUGUGAAAACUAUCAAAAUUUCUUCAACUCUUAUAUUAUUUUAUUAAAUGAGCAAAUCAUAGUUCAUAAACAAGCUGUUGAAAUAUCAUGAGAUGCUGAAAUAAUAAAUCAUAUAUCUUCAUGUAUUUUUUAUAAAUAAAUAUUUGCAAUUACGUAUUACUAUUACAAACUUUGAAAUAUUCGCAAUGUCACAAAGAUUUACUAAUGCAAUAAAUUAACAAUAGGAGUAACUAACUAUUCUUUAAUAUAAUCCUCCCACAUGAUGUGCAUACACCCAACCUCUUUGUGUCGAACAUAAGUAUUGUUUUACAAAAUUUUAAAUCAUGAAUCUUCUUUUUGCAAAAUAUAAAUUUAUGAGUCAAACUUUAUAUUUUACAAAUUAAAAUCAUAAUAUAAAAUUUGAAAUCCUACUUCUUGGAGAAUUUGUAAUUUAAACUUUUUCUAAAUUUAUGGGAUAUUUAUAAAGAGAUCAAGACAUCUAUAUCCUUUUUGUCAAAGCUGUCACUCGAUAUUUCUAGCGAUCAAACACAUCGCAAGAAGGUUCAAAUAAUGCUAUAUUUGAAAAAUACAUUUAAAUUCUAAAUAUUAACUGCAAAAAUCAUGACCAAACACAACUUCAAUUUUAAAAAAUCCAAAUUUUUCAUAAUCAAACGCCUAUUUAAGACUCCACAGCUGCAUAAUUGAGUUUCAUGAGUUUUUAGUCUUUACUUUCUUCUCCAAUAAAUUACUUACUACAUAAUGAAAAUAGAGAGGGGAAAAAAAAGUUUUUGAGUUGAUUGUAUCUUCCAGCAUCUCAUGUUCCAUGUCUCAAAAGCCUAUGUAUUUUAACUCUCAAUUCUCCUUAAUUUGCUCCUACAAAGUUCAUACAUAAGCUUCGAUCGACCGUAUAUAGUAAGAAAAGGGGAAUUUAAUUUCCAAACAUCUUUAAUUAGCAAUUACAAGAGGAGAAUGGGAUUGCUGCAGAGUUGGGGUGGCGUCGGGACCAGCCUCGCUAGUUUCAUAUUCAUAUGGGAUAUGAUCCGCCGAUACUGUCCCCCAGAGCUUGUGCGUGCUUUAGAUAAGUGGACACGAAGAAUCAGGAGCUUUUUCUACCCUUAUAUUCAGAUUUCCAUCAGUGAAUUCAUGAGCAACAAUUUCAAGCGCCAUGAUGCGUAUGCAGCAGUCGAGGCGUAUCUCAGCGAGCAUUUAGCAAAAGAGGCAACGAGGCUCAGAGCUGAAGCAGUGGGUGGUGGGAGCAAGCUGGUUCUAAGCAUGGAUGAGCAUGAGAGAGUUACAGAUGAGUUUCGCGGAACAAAAAUACAGUGGAUUAAACAUGUGCAACCCGAAAGCAGGCACUCGUCAGAAUCGGAAAAGAAGUCUUAUAAGCUGAUGUUCCACAAGAAAUAUCGUGACAUGGUAACUGAUAUUUACUUGGAGCAAGUGAUAAAGAGAGGGAAAGAGAUUCAGAAGAGAAACAGGAAGAGAAAGCUCUACACAAAUGGCCACAGUAAAACCACGUGGAGCCAUAUCACAUUUGAGCACCCUGCAACAUUUGGUAGCCUGGCAAUGGAGGCGGAGAGGAAGCAAGAGAUUAUGGAUGAUCUUCUCCUGUUUAGGGAGAGCAAGGAUUUCUAUGCCAGGAUUGGGAAGGCUUGGAAGCGGGGUUAUCUACUUUAUGGUCCCCCAGGUACUGGGAAGUCGACUAUGAUUGCUGCAAUGGCAAAUUUAUUGAACUACGACAUCUACGAUCUUGAACUGACAUCUGUCAGGGACAACACAGAAUUGAGAAGGCUCUUAGCUGAAACAUCAAGUAAAUCUAUUGUAGUGAUAGAAGACAUUGACUGCUCACUUGAUCUAACAGGUCAAAGGAACCAGAAACAGGAUAAAUCUCCAGAAGAGAAGACUGAAGUGACCAAGAAAGAGGUUCCUUGCAAGGACACCGAAGAGAGUGGAAGCAGAGUCACUCUCUCUGGGCUUCUGAACUUCAUCGAUGGUCUUUGGUCUGCAUGCAGUGGAGAGCGUAUAAUUGUCUUUACAACAAAUUAUUUGGAUAAGUUGGAUCCAGCUCUUACGAGAAGGGGAAGAAUGGAUAAGCACAUUGAGCUAUCCUACUGUAAUUUUGAGGGAUUCAAGGUGCUUGCAAAGAAUUAUCUGUGCUUGGACGCACAUCCACUAUUUGAAUCAAUUGAAAUGCUAAUGAAGGAGAUAAAGAUUAUACCUGCUGAUGUUGCAGAGAACCUGAUGCCCAGCUCCCCAAAAGAAGGGGCAGAGAAAUGCCUUUUGAAGUUGGUUGAAGCUCUCAAACAUGCAAAAGAACUGAUGAUAAAGAAGGACAAGGAGGAAUCUGUCGUGAACAAGAGGAGUCAAGUUGCUGACCAAGAUGACACGGGGACUGCCAUAUGCCACGUAAGAGUUCUAGAAAAGUAAUUUCCCCUAAAAGAAAUCAAACUAUAUUUGUAUGGCUAAAACAAGACACGCUAUUUUUCAUGUGACAGCCAGACCAUAAAACGCCCUAAUCACCUUAUCCUUGUAGAACAAGAAAUAACAAGCCUGGCCUUGCAUAAUGAAACUAUUUCACCUUCCGUUUGAA